AUGGACCCUUAUCGCCUCGCAUUGUUGAUGAUCGAUCCUCCAUUGGUCGCUUUCCAAAUUCAUCUCCUCCGAAUCGUUUUCACUUCGAAGAAAAAAGAGUUGAAUGGACCGUAUUAUGCGUUUUACAAAUCAACUGCAAUCUCGGCAAUCAUCCAUCGCAUAGCCGAGUACUAUUCGGCUGUAGCGACAGCUUUAAAAAUCAUUCACAAUUAUCCAUUGAUGGCCAAACUUUCAUUGUACCUUCAAUUCGGUGGUUUCGUUUCGAUCGCCUUGGGGACUUGUUUAAUUUCGCUGAAUCGACUCACCGCGUGUUUUCUUGCCGUCAGAUCUGGCGUGGCGGAUUGGCUUCGUUUCUAUGUGAUCGUUCAAAAUCUCGUCGCUUACUCGCAUUGCAUUCCCGUGCUUUUCACUGAGAUCACUUUUAUGCAAACCGGCGAGUACAAGUUCAUUGCGAUUCCCGAGACAAUGGCUUUGGCAAUGAAAUUAUGCGCCGUGAUCUCUGGUGUGCUUGUCAUAUUGAUAUGUUGUCCGGCAUCUGCCGCAUCAGCGAUUCUCAUAGCCAAAAGACGAACAUAUCAAAGGGUUCGUUUAAAAGAUGAUCGCAGACUGCAAAUGAAU